AUGGAUAAAAAAUCUAGUUCCUACAAUUCAAAUAGUUGUUAUUGGAAACUCUAUAAAAAAUCAGUUCGAACCAUACGUUUCACCAAACAGAAGCAGCAUCUUCAAGCUGCUGUUAAACCCACCACUGACUCACCUUCUGCAACUAUUUCUCCUAAUACUAUUGAAGAUCGUUGUAUUCGACUCACUAGAGUUGACACCGUCACCAUUGAAACUCCUCCUAAUGUGUCUAUGGAAACUACUGAUCUCAGUGAUCGUUGUCCUCGAGUCUUCAAGCAAUCUGUUGCACCUAUAACAACACCAACAGCAGCAGCAGCAGUAGCUGAUGACAAGAAAGAAGCCUAUCAGAAGGUUGCUGUUAUUCAAGCCAAACCUAAGGUAACUGUUGUUCCAAUAGAAGGUCAUGAAAAUCGAAUUCCAGCAAUUAUUUCUCAUGUAGAUGGCCGGAAGAAAACAUACAUAGCAGAGAGUAUAAAUGUUUUAAUGACAGGGUUAACGACUUUAUUAAUCGAACUAAGAACAAGUUUCAAGCACCUUCUUUUAUUGAAGCUUCUAAGGGUGAAGAGAAUAGACUCAAAUAAGAUUCAGUCAAGGGUAUGACAAGAACCGGAGUAAUAUUAAUGUUCGUUUUUGUGAUGUGUACACUAUAUAUAUGGAAUAUGCAUAUGUUUCAUGGAUGUUACGGACUAAAGUAGGCAUACGAAGCUUACUGUCCUAAUUAUCUGAUGGCAAUAGAUAUAAUUGAGAUGACUGCAGAUGAUCUUUUUUUUUUUUUUUUUUUUUUUUUAUGAUGAUUAAUGUUCUUUUGGUUUUCUUACAUAUGAGUGUGAGUGCAGAGAUUGAUUUUAUUAUAUUCAGUUAUACUUGUAGUAUUAUAUAUAUGUUGAAUGAUCAUCCAGUUUCUUAAUAUAAA